AGCCCCAACUGUGGCAGUAACAGUGAGAGUGCAGCUUAGCAGGUCUCCACACACAUACACACAUGCACGCACACCUACACUCACUCACUCACGUACAUAGUCGCACACACGCACACAUACAUACACUGAAAGCCACUGAGGUGGUUUGGUGAUUAGUCCGCUGCUGUGUGCCGCCGCCGCCGCAACAUCAUUUUCAGGUUGGAGGAUUUUCACGUCUCACGUUUUGCACGAUGAUGGUGGUCAUAACCUUGCUGCUGUCAGUGAUGGGGAAGACCACCAUGUAGAGAGAGAAAGGCAUCAGAGGCAACAGCAGAAUAGCAGCAAUGGGAAGCCACACAUGGAGCGGGUCUGGACUGCAGCCGUGGUGAGCCUGAGACCUACAGGACUUACAACCACCAUCAUUACCCUUCUCAAGACCUGACCACUGGGGCUGUCCAACGCUCACCUGGAUGCUCCCGACUUGUGUUUCAUCAUCGCCUCCUCUCCUUGCACUCUGCUGCUCCUUUUCUUGUUUUUUCUCUUUGAUGGUUUUUGGUAUCCUGAUACCUGACAGUCUCUCCUGAAAAAGAGAACCUGUUAAUCAGUUUAUUCCCUCGGAUUUUUCCCCCCCUUUUAAAUCUUUAUCUGCCUACAUUAUCCAUUAUCUUCAAGUAUCAUUCUUUUUUCCCCCCAGUUUUUGGGUUGUUUUUGCUUGCUAGAUACCUGAUUUGAAUUUUUUUUCAGAUGAGCCUAAGCUAAUCUCUCUGUUGUGCAAGCUUUUAAUUGAUCUCUAAGCAAUAACAAGCACUUAUAUAACUGACUUGACUAGCUGACACCAUGGGGGACUUGUCAAACAGCGAUUUUUAUGCCAAGAACCAAAGCAAUGACAGCAACCGGGUGGCAGGCUUCGGCUGCUCGCUCAUGGAGCUGCGAUCGUUGAUGGAGCUGCGUGGCACAGAGGCUGUGGUCAAGCUCCAGGAGGACUACGGGGGUACUGAGGGACUCUGCACACGUCUGAAAACCUCACCCACAGAAGGUCUUACAGGUACCCAACUCGACCUGGACAAGAGAAGAGAAGUAUUUGGGAAAAACCUCAUACCUCCAAAGAAGCCAAAAACCUUCCUGCAGCUGGUAUGGGAGGCAUUACAGGAUGUCACCCUCAUCAUCCUGGAGGUUGCUGCACUGGUCUCCCUGGGCCUUUCCUUCUACCACCCACCUGGAGAUGCUUCUGGAGAAUCCUGCGGCUCAGCAGCAGGUGGGGUCGAAGAUGAGGGCGAGUCAGAAGCUGGCUGGAUCGAGGGCGCAGCCAUCCUGUUGUCUGUGGUGUGUGUGGUGCUGGUUACAGCCUUCAACGACUGGUCCAAGGAGAAGCAGUUCCGGGGGCUGCAGAGUCGCAUUGAGCAGGAGCAAAAAUUCCAGGUCGUCCGCGGUGCCCAGGUCAUACAGCUGCCCGUGGCUGACAUCGUGGUAGGGGAUAUAGCACAGAUCAAAUAUGGUGAUCUUCUUCCUUCCGACGGAAUAUUGAUCCAAGGCAAUGACCUGAAAAUUGAUGAGUCUUCACUGACCGGAGAGUCCGACCAUGUCAAGAAGGCUGCAGACAGGGACCCCAUGCUGUUGUCUGGGACUCAUGUGAUGGAGGGGUCAGGACGCAUGAUAGUGACUGCAGUCGGUGUCAAUUCUCAGACUGGAAUCAUCUUUACCCUGCUGGGGGCGAGCACAGAGGAAGAAGAGAAGAAAGAAAAGAAAGUUGAAGACGGACACCGAAAUGCAGACUGCUCCCAUCCCUCUAUCCACCCUAUCGCAACUAUAGCCACGGAUGGGGCUGCAGGCUUUAAUGCCCCUGGCAGUGCCAGCCUAAUUAAUGGUAAAAUGCAAGAUGGCAAUAUGGAGAGCAACCAGAUUAAAGUAAAGAAGCAGGACGGAGCAGCGGCCAUGGAGAUGCAGCCUCUAAAGAGUGCUGAAGGUGGAGAGUCUGAUGAAAAAGAGAGGAAGAAGGUGUCCAUUUCAAAGAAGGAAAAAUCUGUGCUGCAAGGGAAGCUUACCAAACUGGCUGUCCAGAUCGGCAAAGCAGGUUUGCUCAUGUCAGCCAUCACAGUCAUCAUCCUGGUCCUGUUUUUCGCCAUCGACAACUUUGUGUUGCAGAAGCUCGCUUGGAUGCCAGAGUGCACUCCCAUUUACAUCCAAUUCUUUGUCAAGUUCUUCAUUAUCGGUGUUACGGUGUUGGUGGUAGCUGUGCCAGAGGGGCUGCCACUGGCUGUCACCAUUUCCCUCGCAUAUUCUGUCAAGAAAAUGAUGAAAGACAACAACCUGGUGCGUCACCUUGAUGCCUGUGAAACGAUGGGCAAUGCCACAGCUAUCUGCUCUGACAAGACAGGCACACUAACUACCAACCGCAUGACGGCCGUGCAGAUUUACAUUGCAGAUGUGCACCACGAAAAAAUCCCGGAUCCUGGAGUUCUGCCUCCCAAAUCACUAGACUUAAUGAUCCAUUCAAUCGCAAUCAACAGCGCCUAUACCACCAACAUAUUGCCCCCAGAUAAAGAAGGUGGUCUGCCGAAGCAGGUGGGAAACAAGACAGAGUGCAGCCUACUGGGAUUGGUUUUGGCGCUGAAGCGGGAUUAUCGGACAAUAAGAAACCACAUGCCAGAGGAAAUGCUUUACAAAGUCUACACCUUCAACUCUGUCAGGAAGUCCAUGAGCACUGUCGUCAAAUUGCCUGAUGGGAGUUUCCGCAUGUACAGCAAAGGAGCCUCCGAGAUCGUGCUUAAAAAAUGCAGCCAUAUCCUGAAUGAGGUGGGAGAGGUGAGGGUUUUCCGUCCACGGGACAAGGAUGAUAUGGUGAAGAAGGUGAUUGAGCCUAUGGCAUGUGACGGCCUGAGAACCAUCUGCGUGGCAUACCGUGACUUCGCCAGCAAUCCUGAGCCACAUUGGGAUGACGAGGGCAACAUCCUCAGUGACCUCACAGCCAUCUGUGUUGUUGGGAUAGAGGAUCCUGUCAGGCCAGAGGUGCCCGACGCCAUCCAGAAGUGCCAGCGUGCAGGCAUCACUGUUCGCAUGGUGACAGGAGACAACAUAAACACAGCCAGGGCCAUCGCCAUCAAGUGUGGUAUCAUCCACCCAGGAGAGGACUUCCUCUGUAUCGAUGGCAAAGAGUUCAACAGGAGGAUCCGCAAUGAAAAAGGAGAGGUGGAGCAGGAGCGUAUUGACAAGGUUUGGCCUAAACUGCGAGUUCUGGCCAGAUCCUCCCCUACUGACAAACACACACUGGUCAAAGGAAUUAUUGACAGCACAAUGUCAGCGCAGCGGCAGGUGGUAGCUGUGACAGGCGAUGGGACCAAUGACGGACCUGCUUUGAAAAAAGCGGAUGUAGGCUUUGCCAUGGGGAUUGCUGGAACUGAUGUGGCCAAGGAGGCAUCAGAUAUUAUUCUGACUGACGACAACUUCAGCAGCAUCGUCAAGGCGGUCAUGUGGGGCCGAAACGUCUACGAUAGCAUCUCUAAAUUCCUUCAAUUCCAGCUCACUGUCAACGUUGUCGCUGUCAUAGUCGCUUUCACUGGUGCCUGCGUCACACAGGACUCUCCUCUAAAGGCAGUGCAGAUGUUGUGGGUGAACCUGAUCAUGGACACUUUUGCCUCCCUGGCCUUGGCAACCGAACCUCCCACUGAGUCUCUGCUGAAGAGAAGGCCAUACGGGCGCAACAAGCCUCUCAUCUCCAGCACCAUGACAAAGAACAUCUUUGGACAUGCAGUCUACCAGCUCAUCAUCAUCUUCACACUGCUCUUUGCUGGUGAACGGUUGUUUGACAUUGACAGUGGCCGUAACGCACCUCUCCACGCUCCUCCAUCUGAGCACUACACCAUUAUCUUCAACGCCUUUGUCAUGAUGCAGCUAUUUAAUGAACUAAAUGCCCGAAAAAUCCACGGAGAGAGGAAUGUGUUUUAUGGCAUGCACAACAACCCCAUCUUCUGCUCUAUUGUUGUUGGCACCUUUGCAGUUCAGAUUGUAAUUGUGCAGUUUGGGGGGAAGCCAUUCAGCUGUAAACCUCUGGACCUGGAAAAGUGGAUGUGGUGUGUUUUCCUCGGCCUUGGAGAGCUCAUUUGGGGACAGGUCAUAUCCACAAUACCCAAUAGCAGGUUACGCUUCCUGCGAAGGGCCGGCCAGUUAUCUAAGAAAGACGACUCACCAGAGGAGGACGCAAACGAAGACAAUGAAGAGAUUGACCAUGCAGAGAGGGAGCUGAGGAGAGGACAGAUACUCUGGUUCAGAGGACUCAACCGCAUUCAGACUCAGAUUGAUGUAGUCAACACCUUCAAGAGUGGCACCUCCUUUCAGGGGGCAGGGGCUCUGAGACGCCAAUCAUCCACCACCAGCCAGACCCAGGAUAUCCGCGUUGUGAAUGCAUUCCGCAGCUCCCUCUAUGAAGGCUUGGAAAAACCCGAUUCCAGAACAUCGAUCCACAACUUCAUGACACACCCCGAAUUUAGGAUAGAAGACUCCACACCCCACAUCCCCCUCAUCGACGACACGGACGACGAUUCCGCUCGGAGGAGAAAGAUGUACUCCAGCCAGCCCUCGUCCCCCAACAAGAACAACAACGCCAUCGACAGUGGCAUCAAUCUCACCAUUGACAGCAGUAAAUCAGCCGCCUCCUCCAGCCCGGCCAGCCCUCUGCACAGCUUGGAGACCAGCCUCUAACCAUGAUCAAAACCUCAGUUCUAACCUCUGACCUCCUGUCCCUGCAGUCUGGGUGUGCUCUCCAGACCUCUACUGCAACCGUACACCUUGUCAACCCCCAAAAUCUCACCCAGUCCCCAGUCAAAAAUUUGAUGCUCCAAGCCCACUCUGACCGGCUCCGCCGGACAGCCCCUGUGUCCAUCUUCAAACUCGAGCUCUUAAAGCUCUCCAUUCUUCUCAAAACUGAGAAAAAUCUAAAAGUAAUAGGACAAAGGUGAAACUUGACAUACAAUCAAAAAAGUGCAGCGAAGCCACAAAACCUACACAGCCAUCUUGCUUUUAUGGUUGUAUGUGUGCAGUGGCAGCAGUGGUGGUUUGUAUGACUCUAAGCGUGUGAAGCAUGUACUGCGUCAGCGUGCCGCGCGACUGCACCCAUGUGUGAAACUGUGUCUUUAGCGGCACCGGAAGGAGGGCGAUGAGGAGGGAAAACAUGGUGGACGAGUAACAAUUGCAAAACAGGACAGACUUUUAAAACUCCCUCUCUUCAACAAUAACAUUGUCAAUAAUGAUAAUAGUUUAAAUUUAAUUGAAACGCAUUGUUCUUAUUCUGAUUCUGAUUAUUAUUGUUAUUAUUAUUGUUGCUCUUGCAUGAAUGUACAUUACCCAAGUUUUAUUUAAAAGGGUUUUAAUUUUAUUGGGGGUUGUUUCGUUCUGAUGGGCUAGGCCUUGCGGCAAACUACUACUUUAAAGACAGCUUCUUUCCUGGUUCCUGGCCUGCAAAAGUCCCCUCGUCUGUGUGGCAUGAACAUGUAUCCGCCUGUAAAAAUGUAUUUCAUCCAUACAAGGGAUUGUGUAACGAGGUGGUGGGGCUCAACUUGCACAGUAGUUUUGCACCUGUCGGAAAAAGAGAAACACACACUAAUGAUGAUAGCAUUUAUGGGAUAUAUUCUAUAAAUAUAAAUACAUAUAACUAUAUUUAGAGAGAGUUUAUCUUUGUUUGUCAGCAUGUUGCCUUGUUCCUGCUUCAAUGGCUCGAAAAUACUUUUGACUUAUUUAUGUCUUAAAGAGAAUGUAAUUUGUUUACAACCUUGUAGAGAUAAACUUCCUGGUUUCUAGAAAGAGGGAGGCAAAGCUUGAGCUCAGAAGAGCUGUGUUGGUGUGUUAUUACUAAAAAAAAACAAAAAACUGUGUGCUGGAAUUUGCCUGCUAUCUUGUCAAAUAUUGUAGAUAUUUUUAGAGGAUUAACAAACAAAAAGAAACCAAAAUAUAAUGGGAAAACGUAGUAAAUGUGGAAUCUUAGUAUUACUCUAUAUGAUUGUUGGGAUCAAGUAGGAGCGGAUUGCCUUUGUUUUUUUCUAAUCAGAGGCAUCCUUUUUUUGUGACAGAGGGGGAAUAUUUAAUUAUUUAUUCACUACUGCUUCAUUUUUUUUUUUAGUCUUAUUUUUCUCUGUGCUUCAGCGCUGGCCUGGCGCUCAGGGCUUGAGUCAAAGGCUGAUAUCAGGACCCUGAGAGUGAUAAACCCGUUUGUUCACGCACACGUUUUUACAAACGUGUGACCAUCAAAAAGCUGCAAAUGAGACAUUUUAGAAAUUUACAAAGUCACAUUUGGAUCUGUAUCACAUGAAAAUCAGACUUUUCCUUUUCUUUCUUUUGUUUGCUAAAUUUUGACAUAUUAUGUUGUGCUCUUUGUUUUUGUUCUAUUUCAUUUUGAUUGACUCUGAUUUGAAAUGGUAUUCCGUGUCCUCCUCACAGAGGGACACGUGCAGCCCCACAGAGCUGUUGACAUUUUUAACAUCUCCAAAAAAAAAAGCGA